UCCUCCUCCUCCUCCUCCUCCCUCUCCCCGCCCCUCCCGCCCCUCCCUCCGCGCACGCGCCCCGCGGCGCCCCGGCGGCGGAGCCAAGAUGGCGGCGGUGGUUCAGAAUGUGGUCAAGCUGCUGGGCGAGCAGUACUACCGGGACGCCAUGGAGCAGUGCCACAGCUACAACGCGCGGCUCUGCGCCGAGCGCAGCGUGCGCCUGCCCUUCCUGGACUCGCAGACCGGCGUGGCCCAGAGCAACUGCUACAUCUGGAUGGAGAAACGGCACCGCGGGCCCGGUUUGGCAGCCGGGCAGCUCUACUCGUACCCGGCGCGGCGCUGGCGCAAGAAACGCCGCGCCCACCCCCCGGAGGACCCCCGGCUCUCCUUCCCUUCCAUCAAACCCGACGCGGAGCAGGCUCUGAAGAAGGAGGGGCUGCUGGCGCAGGACGGGAGCAGCCUGGAGGCGCUGCUCAGGACGGAUCCCCUGGAGAAGCGCUCGCUGCCCGACCCCCGCAUGGACGACGACAGCCUGGGCGAGUUCCCGGUCACCAACAGCCGCGCCCGCAAGCGGAUCCUGGAGCCCGACGAUUUCCUGGACGAUUUGGACGACGAGGAUUACGAGGAGGACACGCCCAAGCGGAGAGGGAAGGGCAAGGCCAAGGGAAAAGGCGUCGGGGGCGCUCGGAAGAAGCUGGACGCCGCCAUCCUGGAGGACAGGGACAAGCCCUACGCGUGUGACAACAGUUACAAACAAAAGCAUUCCUUGAAACCUCCCGACCGAGUCUGCGGGAAGCGCUACAAGAACCGCCCGGGGCUCAGCUACCACUACGCGCACUCGCACCUGGCCGAGGAGGAGGGCGACGACAAGGACGACUCGCAGCCGCCCACGCCCGUCUCCCAGCGCUCCGAGGAGCAGAAAUCCAAGAAGGGUCCUGACGGGUUGGCCCUUCCCAACAAUUACUGCGACUUCUGCCUGGGGGACUCCAAGAUCAACAAGAAGACGGGACAGCCCGAGGAGCUCGUGUCCUGCUCCGACUGCGGCCGCUCCGGCCACCCGUCGUGCCUGCAGUUCACGCCGGUGAUGAUGGCGGCGGUGAAGACGUACCGCUGGCAGUGCAUCGAGUGCAAGUGCUGCAACAUCUGCGGCACCUCCGAGAACGACGACCAGCUGCUGUUCUGUGACGACUGCGACCGCGGGUACCACAUGUACUGCCUGACCCCGCCCAUGUCCGAGCCCCCCGAGGGGAGCUGGAGCUGCCACCUCUGCCUGGACCUGCUCAAGGAGAAGGCGUCGAUUUACCAGAACCAGAACAGCUCCUGAUCCUGCUCUUCCUCAUCCUCAUCCCCAUCCCCGUCCCUCCUCAUCCUCACCCCCUCGGCUUUGGGGCCUUUGAUUUCCCCUUUUUUUUUUGGGUCCUUUUCCCUUUUCCCCCCUUUUUUUUUCCUCUUUUUUGGGUUCCUUUUUAUUUUCUUUCCAUUUUUUAUUUUCUUUAUUUUUUUUCA